AUGGCGACGUCGUCGUCGGCUAGCGGGGGCGGUGCCGCCGGGGGCGCGCCUGGACUCAAGACUUACUUCAAGACCCCCGAGGGCCGGCAUAAGCUGCAGUACGAGAAGACCCACUCCCCCUCCGUGCUGCACUACAACCACAGCUCUGGUGGCAAGACUGUCUCCGAGCAGAUGACAGUGGCAUAUUUGAAGGAGAAGCCCGUGGGGCAGGGCUCUACACCAUCAACACCAAGUUCCAGCAGUGGCAUGCGAUCUGCAGCUGCGAGACUGCUUGGUACCGGGAAUGGGAGCCGGACACUUAGCUUUGCAGGCAGCAACGGUGUCAGCAGGGCUGUUUCAGGGAGCAGCCGUGUGGGUGGCGGCGUUGGUAUGUCAACGGGCGUCGGUGGAUCUCAAGCUGUGGCGAAUUACGAUGGCAAGGGAACAUACAUCAUCUUCAAUACCGCAGAUACACUGUUCAUUAGUGAUCUCAACUCACAUGAUAAAGAUCCAGUAAAGUCCAUCCACUUCAGCAACUCAAACCCACUUUGUCAUGCAUUCGACUCGGAGGCCAAAGAUGGGCAUGACCUGAUUGUUGGAGUAUGGUCAGGAGAUGUCUAUUCAAUGUCAUUGAGGCAACAGUUGCAAGAUCCUGGAAAGAAGCCUGUUAUGUCUCAGCAUUUUAUCAAUAAAGACAAAGAUGGAACUGCCAACAGCCGCUGCACUUGUGUUGCAUGGGUUCCAGAGCGUGAAGGCAUUUUUGUUGUCAGCAAUGCUGAUGGGAAUCUGUAUGUGUAUGACAAAUCCAAGGAUGGAAAUGCUGACUGGGCAUUUCCAACUGUAAGGGAUCAAAAUCAGCUGAUGAUUUCACAUGCAAAGUCCACUAAGAGCAAUCCUACUGCAAGAUGGCACAUCUGUCAAGGUGCAAUCAAUGCCAUUUCAUUUUCGCCGGAUGGAGCUUACAUGGCAACUGUUGGGCGAGAUGGUUAUUUAAGAGUAUUUGACUUCGCGAAAGAACAACUAAUAUUUGGUGGGAAAAGUUACUAUGGUGCUCUUUUGUGUUGCUCAUGGAGUGCGGAUGGAAAAUAUAUAUUAUCAGGUGGGGAAGAUGAUCUUGUGCAAGUAUGGAGCAUGGAUGACAGAAAGAUGGUUGCGUGGGGCGAGGGGCAUACAUCAUGGGUUAGCUCAGUUGCCUUUGAUUCGUACUGGUCCCCCCCAAGUUCUGAUGACGCAGGAGAAAAUGUCAUGUAUCGCUUUGGUUCUGUUGGCCAGGACACCCAACUUCUUCUCUGGGAUUUGGCAAUGGAUGAGAUUGCUGUGCCACUUCGACAUCCUUCCAGCGGCUCCCCGACAUUUAGCAGUGGAAGCCCUUCUGCACACUGGGACAGUGCAUGUCCUCCUCCUACUGGUGUUCUUCAACCGUCUCCACGGAUGCGAGACGUACCUAAGCUCUCACCCCUCGUUGCACACAGAGUACAUGCUGAUCCCCUUUCUGGCCUAGAAUUCACCAGUGAAUCGAUCGUCACCAUAUGCCGCGAGGGGCUAAUCAAAAUCUGGGCCAGGCCACAACACAGUGAAAACAGCCAGCGGCCGAAUUCUUCUGAGCUGGCAGCUGGCAAUGCCAUCUCAAAGGAUAAGAUGAUAACAUCACCAAACAAAGGCUUCGCUGGGAAGUCUGCCAGCGACAGAGGCGUGCUUCAUAGAUGUCUAUGUGACAAAAGAAUAACGGAACUUGUUCCUGUACAGAUACAGAUAUUGCCCCCAGAUGAAUAG